AUGUUUCGGUCGUUCAAGACAAAAGUCGGCGGUUCUAUCCUGAGGGAUCCUGGCUCAACAGAUGGUUCCUCACGGUCGACACGGCCUUCUUCGCCUUCUCGUUGGUCAUUGCCGAGUGGGGGAAGUUCGACCGCCGGCGGCGACACUGGGCAUGCCAGCUCGUUUCAUGACAUCUAUCCUCUCGGCGUGGAAGGCUUGGCAAGAUCCUCGGCUUCUCAGGCGACAAGUCCAUCAACAUCCCAUCUGAUGCCUGAGGGGUUCAUCAUCGACAGAAGCCCACAACCGUCGAUGCCCCCGACAGCUCCAGCAGCUGAAGAUACGCAAAGAACUAGCGACGAUAUACAUCAUCAGCAAGCAGACGACGCACCUAGAGCGCCAACGUGGAGAUAUGUUAUUGACGUUGACGGUGUUCCCAUACCAAUAAUGUUUGCAACUUCCAAUGAUGACCUACCGCCCAGCUAUGACGCGAACCCAAACCCCUCCUUUGUAAGAGCCUUUAACCGCGAUGAUCUUGAUCCGCCUCCUCUAUACGACUGGAAUAUCAGUGUGGGUAGUCAAGGCUCAGAGGAUCAGCGGCCGUCAAGACUUCAAGAGGGUAAUUGGGAAGAACAGCCAUCACCUCCUCAAUCCCAUGUUCCUCGGCGGGCCUUUUCUUACGGCACCAUCAGCGCCGACAUCAUGGCCGGCUUCGAUUUUCCACCGCCUGCAGCUAAAGCGGUAGCCACGCUCACAGAGACGGACAUUUCGUCUUCAUCUUCGCGUCAGCGCCAACGGGGUUAUUUACCUACCGCGGCGUCCAUCCUCGAGGACUUCAAUAUGUCGCCCUUCUCUCCUCAGACAACGGGAGGAAGCAACAGCACUGCUGCAAGCACACCGCCGGUCUCUUCACCAUUCAUGCGCCCUAAGCUUACCUCUCAUUCUCUUGGUUCAAAUAAUCCGUAUGCUGCACUUCUUGAACAAAAAGAACAGGCCAUGACAGUCGCUUUUCUACGUAGCCAGGAUGCCAUGGCUGGCUCACGAUCUACAGAUGUUCCCGCCGAUGACUUCAGUUUCGGCCAGCGCUACCAGAAAGCGGCAGAUACAACAGAUGUUGUCGUCACCCGACAGAGGCUACCAGCGAACGAUCUUGGAGGCUCAAGAGAAUGUCCCAUCUGUGCGGAAACGAAAGAGCCUUCUGGUUUUCCGGUUCUUAGCGUCACAUCCACAUGCAGCCAUCCACCAGAGGCAUGUUUGGAGUGUCUACAAACGUCCAUAAAGUCGGAUUUGAACAGCAAGCUUUGGACAGAAAUCAGAUGUCCUGAAUGUCGAGAGCUUCUCGAGUACGUGGAUAUCCAGAAAUACGCAGACGACGAGACAUUCGCCCGCUAUGAGACUCUAGCCCUCCGCGCUGCCAUGGCCGAAGCCGAUAACUUCAUUUGGUGUACCGCUAACUGCGGCUCUGGUCAACUUCACAGUACUAGCAGAGACCAACCCAUCGUGACUUGCUUGCACUGCGGCCAGCGCUCCUGCUUUACCCACAACGUCACGUGGCACGAAAACCUGACAUGCGAGGAAUAUGACGCCCUUCUUCGUGACCCUGAAAAUUUUCGCUCGCGGAUUGAAAUGAACAAUGAUGAGGUUGAUACCGCAAAACGUGCCCAGGAAGACGCCGAUCGCGCAAUGGCACAGGGUCUAAUGGCUGAACAACAGGCUGAGAUUCUGUUUCGAGUUCAAAGAGAGGCUGCCGAGAAAGAAAGGGCACGAAGAGCCGUGGCACUGGCUAGAAAGGUCGCUGCUCGGCGGAAAGCAGAGGAGGAGCAGAGUCAAGCAACAAUGAGCAGGACGACGAAGCCUUGCCCUGGUUGUGGCUGGGCUAUAGAGAAGAACGCUGGAUGCUCACACAUGACUUGUAAGUAUACCCAAAUGCAACACUGGCUUUUCCAGGCCCCAACCCUUUUCCAUAUUUAUUUAUCCUUGUGUCAUAAUGUUCCGUUUUUCUUCUGUCAAACUCACGCCAACAAUGUCGCAGGCAUCAAGUGCCGCUACGAGUUCUGCUGGGGGUGCUAUACAGCCUGGAAGGGCGGGCAUAGCGUCCGAUGCCGCGGAGUUGUCACCGCCUAG